UUCAGCCUCUUGUGAGGACAGACGGACGGACGGACGGACCACUGCUGCUUCUGCCGCUGCCACACAGGUUGAGCGGAGAGAAGGAACUACAGCGGAAUUUUUGGCAACUGGUGGGCUUCUCUGGUCUGCUCACUCUGCUCGAGGGAGGCCAAUCUCGAGGAUCAGCAAACCCUCCGGGGAGGUUGCACCCAUCCUGUUUCGGAACCAUGGAGCCCUCCGUGUCGUCCGAGAUGGAACCCAAAGAGCGGAGGAAGAUCCAGUUUGCCGUCCCGGCCUCGGCGGCCCCCAAUCUUGACCCCCGGCAAGUUGAGAUGAUUCGGCGCAGGAGGCCGACGCCCGCCACCCUCUUCAGAGUAGCCGACCACACAUCGCCAGAGGACGACCAGUCCAGCCAUCAGGUAAAGUGGGUCGUCGGGGAGAACGGCGUCCUCAAACCAAAGCGAGUCAAUCCAAAUGUGUACCAGCCUCCAUCACUUAAAGCUGUGCAGAAGAUGGCCGAGGCGCACAUGCAGAACUUCGGCGUAUACCCUCCUCUGGAGGACCCUCUUGAGGGUGAGGAGGAUGACGACCCUGAAAAAGCUACCGACCCCCAAGAGACGUCAACUGGCGACCAGUCGGAAGCGGCCCCCGAUGUCCAGGAGACGGAUAAGCUGAUCCAAGCGUCUCAGGUGGAGGAGGAGGAAGGGGGAGAAGACCGGGUGACGACCGAGGAGAGCAAGUCGCUGGGCAGUAACUGAGGAAAUGCGCAUUUGAUAUCAAACUAAAGGAUUGCACAGCCCACUUGCUUCCCUUUUUGCUUCUACAGCUGAGGUCUGUGUGACUUCAUAAAGAACAGUGUAACCUUUAACCAAUAAAUUCACAUCUUUAUAGGAAAACAAAGAUGUUAGUAUAUGACUAACCUCUUUAGAUGGCGCUACCCAAGUAAUUUGUAUUUUCACUCAUGGAUGCGUUACUUCAUUACCAAGCUGAUCAAUUGUAAUUUGUUAAUCAGCACAAUGGCAUGUGGAGCCUGCAACAGGCUGAUCCUCAAACUGAAAUAUUGUGACGACUCACUGGCUAAUCUGAACACAUUCUGAGCACUGGUAACUACCGCUGACUUUAUAUUCAACUGUAAAGUAGCUACUUAAUAUGCAUGUACCGCCAUCUAGUGGCUAUCAGGAAUGACAGGUUAUCAGCCGCAGUUGAAUUCCCCCCUUUUUUUUUUUAAUCAAUAAUUUUCAAACAAUGGGAAAUACCAAACAAACCAAACCCACUUGGUGUACUUUUGAUAACUCACCAAAGCUAAUAUUAGCGAGUAUGUAGUUAAGUUUUUGGUGAUGGACCUAUUAAGGGCAAAACUACCUCGCGUGUUCUGCAAGCCGCAUGUCAUCAAAUCUUUUGGUUCCUUUUCUACUCAACUUUAUAAAGUCACCAUAUAGGUUUGCAAUUCAACGUCUCAGAAACAGUUGUCAUGGUUACCAUUUGACUGACAUUUCAACAAAAUUUAUUUUUUUCUUCCACAACUUAUUUUUGUGCUGCUGUUUGUAUAAAGAUGAAAUGAACAACCUACUGACCGGAUGAAGAGCAACUCAUGUAUUUAGAAUUGAUAUCCUUUUCCAAACUUCCCCCUUUCGUCUACUUUCUUUCCAGAUGUAUGAGUUCAAUGCUCUUUAUUUUUUUGUUUUCCGUUGGCUUGUUUUUAAAUGUGAUUGCUGGUGGUUGUUUUCAAGUGACCAACUUUAAAUAAUGUCAGAAUAAAACACUUUUUUUCCCUUA